AUGGCCACCAGUGGUGCUGCUUGCGUCUCCCUGCCGGUUUUCCUGUCUGUCUGCACCCUCCUGCUGUCGCUGCUUCUCACCGGCUCCAACGCCUUAGCAGCACCACGGUUCACUAAAGUCCCCAUCGACCAGAUUGGCGUUUCAGGGGGUGUUGUCUCCUUCGUAUGCCAGGCAUCAGGUGACCCCAAACCGAGGGUGAGCUGGAACAAGAAGGGCAAGAAGGUCAACUCCCAACGCAUAGAGACCAUUGAGUUUGAUGAAGGUGCCGGUGCGGUGCUCCGGAUCCAGCCUCUACGUGCACCGCGCGACGAGAACAUCUACGAGUGUGUGGCCGAGAACAGCGAGGGCGAGAUCACAGUCAACGCCAAGCUGUCCAUCAUCAGGGAGGACCUGCUCCCGGCAGGCUUCCCUAACAUCGACAUGGGCCCUCAGCUCAAAGUGGUGGAGCGCACCCGGACGGCCACCAUGCUCUGUGCCGCCAGUGGGAACCCGGACCCGGAGAUCACCUGGUUCAAAGACUUCCUACCCAUUGAUCCCAAUGCAAGUAAUGGGCGGAUCAAACAGCUACGCUCAGAAGCCAUUGAGGGUACCCCUAUCCGAGGUGCCCUGCAGAUCGAGAACAGCGAGGAGACGGACCAGGGGAAGUACGAGUGCGUGGCGUCUAACGUGGAAGGCGUGCGCUACUCGUCCCCCGCUAACCUUUACGUGCGAGGCAGCAAGAGGUUUGUUGAAAGUGGUCAAAAAAUUGUCCCUUGCAACGAUUAUGCGAAUCCCAUUUGGAUCGACACGGUGUUUAUGGAAUGCUACCUGCCCUCAAUGGCCCCUCAGUCUUUCCCUCCCCUACCCAAACCCCCAGACUUCCCAUGUCACACUUGCAUCAAGAUCCGUGUCUCGGCCUUCAACACGAUAGGCCAGGGCCCCCCCAGUGAGCCAGUGGAGACUCGGACGGGCGAGCAAGCCCCUGCCAGCCCCCCGCGGAAUAUCCAGGCCCGGAUCAUAUCCCAGAACACUAUGAUGGUGCGAUAGGAGCCGGAGGAGCCCAAUGGGCAAAUCAAGGGUUACCGGGUGUACUACACCAUGGAUGACUCUCAGCCCAUGAGCCAAUGGCAGAUCCACAAUGUCCAGGACAGCAUUAUCACCACCAUCCAGAACCUGGUGGCCUCAGAGACCUACACAAUCAAAGUCCUGGCUUUCACUUCUGUGGGCGAUGGACCCUUUUCAGAACCCAUCCAUGUUAAAGUGCUGCAAGGAGUUCCUGGCCAGCCAGCUAAGUUUCAGGUUGGAGCUGUCUCAGACACCAGUAUCGAGCUGACCUGGGAUCCUGCCUACGAAAAGGAAGGAAUUAUUAACUAUGAACUCCGUUACAAAGAGGACACUUUUGGCAACCAGAUAAAGAAAAUAUUUGGGCCAUCAUCUUCCUAUAUUGUGGAGGGUCUCCGUCCAAACACAGCAUACUACUUCUCUCUGGCGGCCAUCUCUAGCAGAGGCGUUGGAGCCUUCACCAAUGACAUAUCCCAGAAGACCUUGCAAGCCAAGCCCUCAGCCCCCCCUCAAGACAUUAAGUGCAGCAGCUCCAGCUCCACCACCCUGCUGGUAAGUUGGCGCCCCCCGCCUGUGGAGAGCCAGAACGGUGCCCUGGCGGGGUACACAGUGCGCUACCAGGUGGUGGGGGGUCCGUUGGAAACUGGCGUAGGUGGGGAGCCCGCGGAGGAGCCGACGGUGCCUGCCACCGAAGAGCAGGUGCUGCUGCAGCGGCUAGAGAAGUGGACCCAGUACCGGAUCACGGUGGCCGCUUUCACCGAGAUCGGGCCAGGCCCGGAGAGCGAGCUCCUGGUUUGCCGCACCGAUGAAGACGUUCCCGGGGCUCCUCCGAGGCGGGUGGAAGUUGAGGUACUCAACUCCACAGCAGUCAAGGUGAUGUGGCGCUCCCUGACACCUGGCAAACAGCACGGCCAGAUCCGUGGCUACCAGGUCCAUUACGUCCGUGUGGAGAAUGGCGAGUCGCGCGGCCUGCCCCUCAUCAAGGACGUCAUGCUGGCUGACGCCCAGUGGGAAACGGACGAUACGGCUGAAUAUGAAAUGGUGAUUGGAGGGCUCAAGCCAGACACCACCUACUCCAUCACGGUGGCAGCAUACACCACCAAGGGAGAUGGAGCGCGAAGCAAACCCAAACAGGUGGUGACCAAAGGGGCAGUGCCUGGACCGCCCUACCUGUCAGUGGCUCAGGAUUCUGAGACAUCCGCCGUGGUCCGCUGGGACCCCCCAGAUCUGACCAGCGGCAUGGACCUGCAGGGUUACCGGCUUCAGUUUGGCCGGGAGGAUGUCUCGCCCCUGGCCACGCUCGAAUUUGCCCCCCAGGAACGCCAGUACUCUGUGGGUAACAUCCACCGUGGCGCCACCUACCUCUUCAAAAUCUCUGCCAAGAGCAGGGGGGGUUUUGGAGAGGAGGUCGUGGUGGAGCUCAGUGUGCCCGAGAACACGCCGGAGGGUUACCCUCAAAUAAACGAAGGCUCCAACAUCACCUGCUGCUCUGUGCAGUUGUCCUGGUCACCACCGGUGCUGGCAGAGAGGAACGGGGCCAUUACAGAGUACACACUGGCUUACAAGGAAGCCGGUGCCAGUGGCACUCUCCGGGAACUCCGCCUGCCCCCCACUCUAUCCAGCUACGUGCUCAACAGUCUCAAACCCAACUCGGCCUAUGAUGUGAAAAUACGUGCACACACCAGUGUAGGUCCAGGGCCCUACAGCCCACCGAUCCAGUAUCGGACGGUGGCCUUUGACCCAACAGAUGUUCCAAAGAACUUUACGGUCAAGUGGGCCACCAAAACCACAGUGGUCCUCGCAUGGAAGUUUUCUGAAAGCAGGUCCCCAUAUAAAUGCACGAUUGAGUACAACCGUCAGAAGAUGGAUGUAGAUGCCAGGCUGAUGAAGGUGCUGGUUUCCGGCUUGAGGCCCAACACCACCUACGAGUUCAGAGUGACCUGCCAGGAGAGUGUUGACGGCGGGCCUCGGCAUCACGUGAGAGCCAGGACCACCCCCCUCAUCUUGGUCAAGAAGCCAAAGCUGGACAUCGACGCCGAGCCUGACAACACGCUGACCAUGUCCUUCCCACCACUGGAGAGCAAGGACAUCAAAAACUUCUAUGUGGUUGUGGUGCCACUGAAGAUGACUUCAGGGAAUGUCAAAAAUCUGAAGAACCCCGAUGAAACGGAUAUGGAAGAGCUGCUGCGGGAGGUGACCCCUAAGCGGCGGUCGCGGCGCCAGUUGGCUCAACUGGACCACAGAAAGCCCUAUAUCACAGCCUGCUUCAGGCAGCUCCCCUCCAGCUUCACGGUGGGAGCCGACCACCACUACAGUACCUGUGAGAACAAGCCCCUGGAGCCCGGCCGGGAGUAUGUGUUUUUCCUGCUGGCUGAACUCAACAGCACUGCCGGGAGAAUGUUUGCGACAAGCCCUUACACUGAUACAGUGAUGACCCCCGAGCUGGUUGUCGGUCUUCUGCCAGUGGAGACGGGAGGAGAUGGCCUCAUCUGGGUGGUGGGCCCUGUCCUCGCUGUGGUCUUCAUCAUCUGUAUUGUCAUCGCCAUUCUCCUGUACAAAAACAAACCUGACAGUCGCAAAAGGAAAGAAUCAGAGCCACGCACAAAAUGUCUGCUGAACAAUGCAGACAUCACGCCCCACCACCCCACAGACCCUGUGGAAAUGAGACGCAUCAACUUCCAGACCCCAGAUUCUGGUCUGAGCAGUCCUCAGAGUGAAGCCGAUUUUGACUAUGAAAGCAUGAUGAAUCACCCUCCUAUCCCCAUCUCAGAACUGGCUGAACAUACAGAGCUCCUCAAGGCCAAUGACAAUCUGAAGCUCUCCCAGGAGUAUGAGUCUAUCGAUCCAGGCCAGCAGUUCACCUGGGAACACUCCAACCUGGAGGUGAAUAAGCCCAAAAAUCGCUACGCCAAUGUCAUCGCCUAUGACCAUUCCCGCGUCAUCCUGGCUCCUAUCGAGGGUAUCACCGGAAGUGACUACAUCAACGCUAACUACAUAGAUGGCUACAGGAAGCAGAAUGCCUACAUCGCCACCCAGGGCCCCUUACCAGAGACCUUCGGAGACUUCUGGAGGAUGGUUUGGGAGCAGAGAGCAGCCACGGUAGUCAUGAUGACCAGGCUAGAGGAGAAGUCACGGAUUAAAUGUGACCAGUAUUGGCCCAGUCGUGGCACAGAAACCUAUGGUAUGACCCAGGUGACCCUACUAGACACCAUAGAGCUGGCAACCUUCUGUGUCCGCACCUUUUCCCUGCAUAAGAACGGCUCCAGUGAGAAACGGGAGGUGCGUCAGUUCCAGUUCACGGCGUGGCCUGACCAUGGUGUCCCAGAGUACCCCACCCCAUUCCUGGCCUUCCUCCGCAGGGUCAAGACCUGCAACCCCCCUGACGCUGGUCCCAUUAUUGCCCACUGCAGUGCGGGUGUGGGUCGGACGGGCUGCUUCAUCGUCAUCGAUGCCAUGCUGGAGCGGAUCAAGCACGAGAAAACGGCAGACAUCUACGGCCACGUGACACUGAUGCGCUCACAGCGGAACUACAUGGUGCAAACCGAGGACCAAUACAGCUUCAUCCAUGACGCGCUGCUGGAGGCUGUCGCCUGCGGCAACACAGAGGUAGCCGCCCGCAGCCUCUACUCCUACAUCCAGAAGUUGGCCCAGGUGGAGAGCGGCGAGCAUGUCACCGGCAUGGAACUUGAGUUUAAGCGUUUGGCCAACUCCAAAGCUCACACAUCACGCUUCAUCAGCGCCAACCUGCCCUGCAACAAGUUCAAGAAUCGGUUGGUGAACAUCAUGCCCUAUGAGACCACACGCGUCUGCCUGCAGCCAAUCCGGGGCCUGGAGGGCUCCGACUACAUCAAUGCCAGCUUCAUUGAUGGAUACAGGCAACAGAGGGCUUAUAUCGCCACACAAGGCCCGCUGGCGGAGACCACAGAGGACUUCUGGCGAAUGCUGUGGGAGAACAACUCCACGAUCGUAGUCAUGCUGACUAAAUUGAGAGAGAUGGGAAGGGAAAAGUGUCAUCAGUACUGGCCAGCAGAGCGCUCUGCCAGGUACCAGUAUUUUGUGGUGGACCCCAUGGCUGAGUACAACAUGCCCCAGUACAUCCUCCGAGAGUUCAAGGUCACGGACGCCAGGGAUGGUCAGUCCAGGACAGUGAGGCAGUUCCAGUUCACCGAUUGGCCAGAACAAGGUGUGCCCAAAUCCGGAGAGGGCUUCAUUGAUUUCAUUGGCCAGGUGCAUAAAACCAAGGAGCAGUUUGGACAGGACGGACCAAUCUCUGUCCACUGCAGUGCUGGAGUUGGCCGGACUGGAGUCUUCAUCACCCUUAGCAUCGUCCUGGAGAGGAUGCGUUAUGAAGGCGUGGUUGACAUAUUCCAGACAGUCAAGAUGCUGCGGACACAGAGGCCUGCUAUGGUCCAAACCGAGGAUGAGUAUCAGUUCUGCUACCAGGCGGCUUUGGAGUACUUAGGAAGCUUUGAUCACUAUGCAACGUAAAAAGCCAUCUCGUCCCCCCCAGAAUCCCUGUCUCCCCCCCACCAGUCUCCUGAGCCAUAGAAACCUGCUUGAAAUUUGAAACAGCAACAUCAGCAGCAGCAGCGGCAAAAACAACGAUAACAUCGACACUAUUAAUUGUAGAUUAUUUUAGAAGAAGCCCUGUUUAGGCUACCAACCCAUUCAAAAUAAUUCAAAUUGGAACCGUAGGGCCUCGGCGCAAUCGAGGGGAGGCGCGCCCACCACUAGGAAAAACAACAACAACCACCACCACCAUUUGGCGUCAUCACUACCCCAAAGGGAUGGAAACGAAAAGCUGUGGCUCGAGCUGUGGGGCGGGGAGCAAUCAAAGUGUCAAGACUGCUAACCUUACCUCAAGUGUUUUGAUGUGGAGGACAUUGUAAACAUUUUUGUGAACACUCUUCUCAAAAAAAUAUCUUCGUAAUACAAAGACAACAGCCGAUGAAGGAGGAAGCAAUGGUGACAAAGCAAAAUCACUGGGGAGGCAGGUGGAUGUAGCUGAGACAAGGACAACAUUUUUUUUUCAUAUGUAUUGGGAUCGAGGGAGGAACGUUUCAGUACUUUAUCGACAUUUUGGCGAGCGAUACCCAGGGAAAUAACCAGAUAGCGGUUGCCUGUGUGAACACAAAUGAUUGUCCCCCAAAUGUUUUGGUCACCCGAGCAAGAAAAAAAUAAAAUAAAAAAAGUUAACGGAUCAAUAAACUGAAACAGCAGAGAUGAAACUGGCACGAGAAUGCUCCCAUUGUGUAUCAGUCGGCCAUGACGUUUUUUAGCAGUGACACUUCCAGCUGGUCCAGUCGUCAUCGUUAUGCUGCCCACGCUGUAGAUGUUGGGCUAUGGGGAGGCACUACUCCUGAGAUGAAUCAGACUCAAGGAGGUGGAAGGAUGAAAUGUCAAGAUGUGUUGGAAGCGUUACCCCAGCAUGUUUCAAAAGGUACCUGAGAAAGUACACGGUUGCUUCGGUCACCUGAGAACUUUGGGAAAGUCUGGGAUGUGUUGUCGCACAAUUGGUAAAAAGCAGCAGAAAUGGUGACCAUGUCAAUGAAUUACUGUUUGUCCACAAUUAUUUCUCACUUUAAGGCCAUUGCAUCAUGGGGCUUCGGGUGAUAUCGUUCACCGUUUCAAACAGGAGACUUUUUCCCGGUACGCGUAAAGCUGCAAAACAAAUGACCCCCCCCCCCAUGCCCCCCCAGAACAGCAGCAACUAGGCUUUCUGUGUGUACAGUGACCAACACCUGUUGUUGUCAUCAUCUAGAACUCCUUGUCUUACAAUUAACUGUAAUCUUUUUGCUUAUCUGUCCAAGUUAUUGCUUUCUGUCAAAACCAAACAUGCUGCUUAAUCUCAUGUAUGCUGUACGUGUGACUCCGGUCGUCGUGGGAAAACUGACAAAACAUAUGGCGCCACCUCUGUUAACCAACUUGGACGGCCAAGACUGAAGGCGUUUUCGGAGCGUCAUCUUUUGCACCCGGUCCUCUCUAUCGCCCCUCUGUGGUCACACGGAGUAGCGCAGCCUUUUUUCCCUUUUUUUGUUUUUACAUUUCCAAAAACAGUAGUAGAACGUGGCCAGAAAAUCGGCCCGAGUGUCUGCCGUCACAAACGGGCGGAUGAGCGAAGUACACGCUCUCAGUUGUUGAGACUAUAACAGAUGACGCCUCUGUUGGUGAUGCAGGUAGGAGGAGGCAGCCAUGCUAGGUCUCAAUGCCAUGGUGUGGUUGUGACAGUCCCCAAAAGGAGUUACUUGGACAUCACAUCACAUCACACACACACACACACAAAACUUGAACAAAUACCCCGUGAAAUAAUUACAGGUUGGCUAUUCACACUAAUGUACAUGUGUCAGGCUGAUGUGAUGUUUCCCAGACGUCAGUGCUUUUGGUGUACAUGGGCGUAUGCGUUAUCUAAGGACUCUGUGAAGGGUUUCUGAUGGGCGUGCACACAAGCAAGAGUGAAAAGACAGAACUGUGUGUGAUGUUUUCUUAUUUCCAAAAAAGCCUUAUUGUUAUUGUAACAUUAUGAGAAUACAUUAAUGUUGUACUAUGAUUAUGAUGACUUCUUACAUUAAUUUUACAUAGGUGACUUUUUAUUUUAUUAUUUUCUUUCUUGGUUAAGUUUUUUUUUAACAGAGACGUAUCACAUUUUUUUAAAUUAGCAGGAAAAUAUAAAUGCUUAUUUGUUCAUAUUAUGUUGAAAGACAUUCUAUUUUUUCACUGUAGAAAUGUUCAGUAUCAGAUGUCUGUGACUCGGGUGUGUGUAUACGCAUACGUAUCGCACACUCACACAUGCACAUAUAUUUAAAUGCAGAUUAUAAAGAUAUAUCCAAACACUUAGUAUGAAUUUAGUUAUUCUCCUCUCUAACCUUGUUUCUCCCCUUUUUCUUGGUGACCAUAAGAGCCUUGUGUUUGUCUGGAAACAGCACGGUAUGUGGCUGAAUGCUGCCCACUCGUAACUGGGUCAGACCCCGGGCCCAUAGGAGAUGGCCAUUUUAACAGGCGUCUUUAUUACCAGUCACCUAUAGGCAUGGGUGUGCUUUUUUUUCUAGUUUUUUGUUCUCUAGUUUUCUAAUAUUGUUUUGAAGCUGCCGUCGACAACAGGAGGAGGAUUUCACAACUUCCCUUUUUGUUCUCUUCAUCAGCCCACCUGGGCUGUACCUCAUGUUAUCCUGUACAGACUUAUGACCCCCUGCUGCGGUUUUUAAGAAAGUCUUCUCCAGUAUAUUUUCCUUCUUUCAUGGACAUUGUUUUCAUCCGUUUUGUUUUAACUACGAUCCAGAAUAUAUUACCUGUAAAUAAACAAAUAUAUAGAUUAUAUGUAUUUGUAUAAUUUGACACAGAAGCGCUCAUACUUCAACCUGGGACAGAAUAGCAACGGUCAUGGUUCUGCUCAUAUCAGACUUCCUGGUAUUUGUAAAGCCUUUUUUUUCCCCUUUCUUAUUCUCCUUCUGGAAUAUUGUUUUUCUAGCCCUGCUUCCUGGCCUUCAAUUACCACUCGCUUUAUUUUUCUGCUGUGAAUUCCCCCUACCUGCGGUAAUAUAUGAUAUGCCGCUACAGCAAGAACUCAGCAAGGGUGGAGAAGUAACACCAAACCACCUGCUGGUGCAUUCUGGGUUUAGACAGGGAUGCGCGUCUCCUCCACCAGCCACUAGAUCAGAUAACCAAUUAUCAUGCGGGGGUCUUAUCCAUGAUCUAAAAACCACUUUGGCUGUCCUGGUGGAUUUUGACAUCUAACUGCCGCUGUGGCUGGUGUGUGGUGGAUGUAAACAUUUAUUCUCAUGUCUUGGCCUCAUAAAGGGUCUGUCAGUGAAAAGACAGACUCUAAUUGACUUAUUAGAAUCAUACAGUGUCCUGCUUAACGAGAUGAGAGACUGCAGAGACUACAUCAGCCAGAGGAGUUUUAAGCAAAUGUGAUGAUUGCUAUUGUGGACACAGGGUCUUUUCAUUCCUUAGUAGUCUCCCUCCUUUCUCUCUCUCUCUGUCUCUCACUCACACUCACACACACACACACCUAGAGCCCUAGUUGUCUGAAUGCUGAAAAUGCCAAGAUGUGAACCAUAGCUAAAUAGUUGGCUGAUGGACCACCAUAGCCAUGCUACUUAGCCACAGGCCAAACUAUGGUUGGCUGCCAAUGCCAAUAGCAGGUUGCUUGUUUUCUCCACCCCUAAAACAAGACACAAUGUUUUGUUUGGGGGGGUGGGUUGGUUUUUGUUGGAUUUCUUUUUAGAAAAAAUAUAUAUCAUUUUAAACCUUGUAUAGAACCUUACCAUGAUUUUUGUUGAUCUAUGUUUUGUUAUGGGAUGUAGAACUAAAAAAAAAAAAUCUGGACUCAAAAGAAAUUAGCUGUGUGAACGAACAACAGGAGGACGACGAAGACAAAAAGAAAACAUGUGCUGCAAAUUCCCAUUCCCAGCACAUCUCUCUCUCUGAACAGUGAGCAUCUGGAGAUGUUUCAUUACGAACUAAAGCUUGAAUUGAGAAUUGAGGACCUUUUUUAUUUUUUUCCUUUCUCCUUUCUUUUCGAUGGAAUUUACAGACUGGUGAAGGGCCUACGCCAAAACUGAAACUGUGGAAGUGUUUGGACGCUUGUGCAACGUGUAACUCUUUUGACUUCAUGUAAAGAUGCUAGACUUUUGAAAAUGACCACCAAAUUAUCCGGUAUAUGUUGCCGAAU